UCGUUUACAUUAGUUUGGUAUGUGAGAUUGUGGGUCAAUAUAUUGUGGAUAUUUUUAUUUUUCUAUUGGUUAAGAAAUUUCUUCUUGCCUCACAAGAUGUUGAAUCUGGCCAUUUAAUGAUGCUUACUUCUGCCUCAUAAUGUGUAUGGUGUCUUUAAAAUAAGAAUUACAAAAGCCUUAUCUUCCAAUAAAGUUCCAUAUAUUUUGGUUUGUUUAUACUGAUAUCAUCUAGUGUUACAUUUUGUUUAACAAAGUUCACUUUUUGCCUCAGACAUUAGUCUUCUGCUAUUUUUCUUUGGCUUUGUUACAUGGACUUUGCAAUAUAGGGUGCCAAACCUAUGUCGACAGGAGUCUCGGUUUGAGAUAAACGUUUGACACUUUCCUGAACGUUUGGACUCAGCUUCUGCAGAAGAAGGUGAUUGAAAAGCAGAGAUAAGGAAAUAGAUGAAGGUUGGAGGUAGGAUGAUAGGUUUUAUUUUUGAGCCAUUGCGCUUGAUGUGAGAAUGAAAAGAUGUUGGAGAGUGCAAGUGAGAAAAAAAGGGGUUGAGGGAGAAUGGAGGGAUUCCAUUACUUAUGGUGUGCUGCUGUGGUUGUAAGGAGGAAGAGAAGUAUUGGCAGUUUUUAUAUGACUAGUAGAUAAGAGUUGUUUUCUGUUAUUCAAACUUGGGUUUGAAAAAUGAGUUGAUCUUCAGGCCCAGAAUCCAUUUUGCCUAAGUUAAUGUUUGAAUCCAAUUCCCAAUUGACCUUCUCAAAUUUAUGUUCCAAAACACAGCAUUGGGUUUUUUACUUUGCAUUAUAUCUGGCUAUUAGUAAUGUAAACACGGCAUUAGGUUUUUUACUUUGUAUUAUAUCUGGCUAUUAGUAAUGUUUGAUAUUUGAUGUUAAGUUACUCUAUAAAUUUCUUUAGGUCCAUUUCUGCACCAGAAUUUCGGAUGCUAUGGUUGUAGUAAAAUGGUUGGAAUGAAUUCCCCCCUGGAUCUAAUGGACGAAUGACCACAAUGGGUGUAUACGUGCGUGAUUUACUUCUUGGACAGUACUACUUUGAUACUCUUUUCCCCCGAAUCCCUGUUCCUGUAUUGCGGCAGGUUGUAUCCAAUCUUGAGAAGAUGAAGCUGCCUACUAAACCUUCUGGUGCAACUGGGGAUACUAAUCGUCAUGGAUCUGAUGACACUGCUCGCCGCCCGCCUUCUGUGAAGGCUGCACUUUCUGUCUCCUUUGGUCAGCGUGCCCCCCAUCGUGCAUCAACUAGGGAUUCUUCUCCUGUGCGUCGCACCCUACCACCACUACCAUAUGACAGAUCCAGUGGUGAUGAUGUAAGAAGAUCUCCCAGCCGCCAUCACAGCCAGAACCGUGAAUAUUCUGAUAGAGAAUAUUCUGACAAGGAAAGAGAAAGAGAAAGAGAAAGAGAAAGAGAAAGAGAGAGAGAAAGAGAAAGAGAAAGAGAAAGAGAAAGGGAAAGGGAGAGGGGCAGGGACCGUGACCGAGCUCAUGAUAGGAGUCGGGAUCGGGAUCGGGACCGUGAUAGUCGAGAUAGAAACAGGGAUCGUGAUCGUGAUAGAGAAAGAAACAGGGACAAGGAGAGGGAUAGGGAGCGAAGGCAUGAUUAUGAUCGAAGGUCAAGGUACAUGGAUAGAAGGGACUUUGAAGAGGUCCGUGAUGACAAUAGGCAUUCUUAUAGGAGCAGAAGCCGAAGUCCCAGUAGGAGCAGAAGUCGUAGUCUGCAAGCGGGCAACAGUCAUUUAGAUCGUCAUUUAAGUCCACAAAAAGAGGGAACUAAGGAGAAGACGUCUACAUCCAGCAAUUUGGCGAAGCUGAAGGAUUUGUACGGUGAUUUAAGUGAUAAAAAAGGAGAUGGCUUGGAAUGGGGACCUAAGAGGGACAACAGUGGUGAAGAGGUGAUUAGGCUAGGUGGUUCUACUUGGAAAUAGUGCGAUGCAUUCAUGCAACACCUGCAAAUCAGACUCAAGAAACAAAAAACUUUGUGAACAUUUUUUUCCUCUCUCUCUCUCUCUCUCUAGUCAUGCUAGCUGGAUUGAUGGAUGCACUGCUGACAUGUAUACUGCUCUUUUAGUAUCUUUUUUACUUUAAAAUUUUAAACUUCAGAAAAUUCAAACGUUAAACUGAAAUUUGUGCACAAACAACAAAGGGUCUGUGCUUUCUUCUUGCAGAAAGUGUGCAUGUGAUAAAAUCCUGAUGGCUUUAGAGAUGAGGACAACAAGAAAUUUGGUAUUAGCUAGUGUGAAAUUCUUGCGAGAAAUUUUGAGAUUAAUUGUUACCACCACUUGUUCUGGAAAUUUUCAAUUUUAGCAAGCAAGAUUCCUUUUUCAGCUUCAAAUCUUAAGGAACUGCACAGUCAUAUCCGAUUCUACUAAUGUACUUAAUUUCCACUAAGCAUAUGUACAA